CCCCCCCAACUCUCUCUCUCUCCUAUACUACUUUGCCUCCCUAUAAACUAACCUAACAUUCACCGCACCCUUAAGGUAAACAAAACUUAUAUAUUUGUAACCUAACCUAACCCACAUAAGAUAAUCAUUCUAUCAAUAUCUGCUGUGAUACUUUUCUUGUGUCAGGACAGUGUAUUGGGGAUAUUAUCAGGAAAAAUAACAAGGCACCGAAAAACAACAGGAGUGUCACAUAUACGUUCCCCUGUGGUUGGUUUGAGGUGGUGUACCAUGGGGAAAUGGCAAGGAGCUUUAAGAGAAGAUAUGAACACAGGAAUGACUUGUAAGACUGUCAACUCUAGUCAUACAUAGUGACAUGAAGGGUCACUGACCAGACUAGAACAACCCCUCAGACUUACACUCAUGGCUGAACAGGAAGGAGAGAACUGUAGAAUCUGGGUACAUUGCAACAAGAAAAACGGCCAAUCACAAAGAAGGAUUUUUACCAUGGCCAACCGUUUCUUUGAGGGGGCAGCUCAUGCAGCUGCGUAUGCCAGGUUUCGGCCACAUCCUCCUCAGUCUCUUAUUGACAACAUCUUAUCUUUUUUGAAAUCAAAGUAUACAGGUGCACUGGCUGCAGCAGCAGAUGUUGGGUGUGGGUCAGGCCAGACUACCUGGAUCUUGGCACCACACUUCAACAAUGUCACAGGUCUUGACAUCUCUGAAGCUCAAAUCACUGAGGCCAUCAAGAAAAACAAAGCAAAUAAUGUUUCCUUUAAGGUCAGUGGAGCAGAGAAGCUGCCUUUCCCAUCACAGUCCCUCCAGGUUAUUACAACAGGACAGGCUUGUCAUUGGUUUGAUCUACCAAAGUUUUAUGCUGAAGUUGAUCGAGUACUGGUGCCAGGAGGAGUGGUGGCACUCUAUGGGUACCUGUUUCCACUUCCUAUCUUUGGGGAAGUAUCUGACCAGCUGGCAGAGAUUGUGAAUGAUACAUAUAAGAAUAAGUUGAAAGGCUACAUUCAGCAAGGCAGUAUGGAAGUCUACUUAGAAAACUAUAAAUCCGAGAAGUACAGCAUGGCUCAUUAUGAGGAUAACAUAGAAAUCAGGAAUGAUAGCCACUAUACAGACAGGGAUGUCUCUGUCACAGACCUGACAGGAUAUAUUAGCAGCUGGUCUGGCUUCCAGAACUAUCGUGCUCAAAAUGGAGAUAAAGCUGCAUCUGAUAUGCUUCAGAACUUCCAAAAUAGGAUCAUGUCAGUGCUCGGGGUGAGCACCGCACCAGAGGACACUCAGCUGACCCUUCGUUAUAAAUACUUCAUCAUUAUGGGACGCAAGCCGUAAGCACAGUGCUUUAAUGUGCUUGAAUGUUACUAAAAGAAAUAAUUUCUGUUGUAAAAAAAUAUGUUGCUUUAAGAGAGCCAUGUUAUUUGAGCAGUCUCUUAAUAUGUUUUAUUUUUAUUUAACUUUUGUCCAGAAAAAUAAAUAAGUAAUUUUGUAUUUAGAAUGGUUUUGAGCUUUUGGAUGUUGAUGGCCAUUUUAGAGUAUUUUCUCCAACUUAUCUGUAUUAAAACUUAAUUUUUAAAUUUACAUUAAAUGGAAAAUAUUUAUUGUAAGUUCAUAGAGUUUCUCUUUCUUUUAAGUCUGCAUUAUUUUAAGAAAAUAUUUUAGGAAAUUUGCUGAUUUGUCUCAAAUAUACUCAACUUACAAUUGCAUCAGUAUUGUACCGUCAAGGUCUUUCACGUUUCUACUCACCAUUGCACAAAUUAUUGUUAUGACUUGGUUUUAACUUUUUUGUUCAUAAAAUACAUAAAUUUGAGUGAA